CCCUCAAACCCCAACCAUGGCGAUCGCCGCGGAUUCUAGUGCCGAGCAAGUCCCAAACCCUGCACCGGACGAGCCAGCGGGCGAAGCCAGCGAGGAACCCUCGCACCCUAGCCACGGAGAGGCCAAUGCGGACGCCGCUGACGAGGAUUACGAGGAGGAGGAGGAGCUGGAGGGGCCGGCGGCGGAGGCGGCGGAAAGGGAGAAGAUGCAGGCCGUGUUCCGGCGGCUAUCCACCGCUCCGGUCGGAAUCCGCGUGCACGAAGUCAUCAUCAAGGGCAACUCCAAGACGCGCGACGCGCUCAUCGAGGCGGAGGUCAUGGACCUCAUCCGCUCCGCCGCCACCGUGCAGGACCUGGUGGGCGCCGCCAGCCUCGCCAGCGCGCGCCUGCGCCGCCUCGACGUGUUCGACUCCGUCUACAUCACCCUGGACGCCGGCCCGCCCGAGCUGCCGGGCACCACUAACGUCGUCGUCGAAGUCGUCGAGGCAGCUAACCCCAUCGAUGGAAGCGUCGGCUGCAUUUCCAAGCCAGAGGCAAGAUCAUGGUCACUUGAAGGAUCAAUCAAAUUGAAGAACAUAUUUGGUUAUGGUGACAUCUGGGAUGCUUCAGGAGCAUAUGGGUGGGACCAGUCAUCCAAGAUAGGCAUUGGAGUGUCCCUGCCAAGAUUUAAAUCAAUACCAACACCCUUGACGGCUCGGGCAUCAUUGUUGUCUCAUGAUUGGCUGAAAUUCUCAUCAUACAAGGAGCGUCUGUGUGGUCUAUCCUUUGGUUUCCUUUCGACCAUGCACCAUGACUUAUCUUACAAUCUGACUUGGCGUACCUUAACUGAUCCCUCACAAAUGGCAUCAAAAUCCAUGAGAAGGCAGUUAGGACAUAACCUUCUUUCUGCAUUAAGAUAUACAUACACAAUAGAUCAAAGGGACUCUCAUCUUAGGCCAACCAAAGGGUAUGCAUUUGUCUCAACUUCACAAGUUGUUGGUCUAUGGGACAGCAAGGGAUUGAAAUUCUUCCGUCAGGAGUUUGAUGUUUGCAGGGCUGUUCCAUUUGGCUAUUACAACGCUGCCCUAAAUGUCGGCAUAUCAGCAGGGGUGAUUUUACCAUUGGGAAGAGAGUUUAUGAAAUCACCUUCACCUGUACCCGAUAGAUUUUUCCUCGGAGGGCAUUCUUCUCCAGUGUGCAACCUUGGUGGGUUAACUUCUCUGUUGGGUUUCAAAACAAGAGGAGUUAGCCCAACAGAACUACGGAGAUUUGUCCCAAGUGAUUCUGUUAUGGAUGAUUCUGCGGCCCCUCCUGGACAGGAUUAUUUGGGAGGUGAUCUUGUUGCCUCUGCAUUUGCCGAUUUGUCCUUUGAUUUGCCCUUAAAGUUAUUCCGGGAUGCUGGAAUACAUGCCCACGCAUUUCUUACUGCUGGAAAUGUUGCCAAGUUAUCUGAGAGUGAGUUCAGGAAUUUCUCAUUUUCUGAGUUCAGAGGCACAUUUAGGAGCUCUGCUGGUGUUGGCAUUAUCUUGCCUACUAAACUUCUCCGGUUGGAGAUAAAUUACUGUUAUAUUUUGAAGAAACUUGAGCACGAUCGUGGAAAGACUGGGAUUCAGUUCAGCUUCUCCUCACCAAUGUAGAUUUUUAGUGGAAAAAAUGUGUUGCUUUCUGCAGCAGCUUCUCCCUGCCUUUGAAGAAUGUCUUGCCUGGUUGCACUGAGCCAUUUCCACGUUCUGUUUUUCUCGUUGAAUCAGCUUUUUAACAAGGAGGAGGCCAGCAAAUCCAUAAUCAGAUCGUUUGAUUUUUCAUACCGUCACCAUUCUUGAGCGUGAGAACUGGUACAGCUGGUGCUGUGUGUUCUGGUGGUCGACAGAAUACCUAUGUUGGCGGCAGGAGUUUUGCACCAUGGAAACUUUGCGCUCUGCACUAUGUAAUAUAUGACUCAUUUCGUGUUGUGCCCCAACCUGUGCGUGCAGUGAGAACAAAACUCCGAGAAGCUUAUUCGGUGCAGGGAGCCGCACAACUCA